AGGGUCCACACUUUCAAACCUUAGCUCAAUCUCUUCACUUGAGCUCUUUUUCUCACUCAAAAUGCCCAAGCUUCAGAGAUACAGAGGGGUGAGGCAAAGGCACUGGGGCUCUUGGGUCUCAGAAAUCCGCCACCCUUUACUGAAGACGAGAAUUUGGCUGGGGACAUUUGAGAGUGCAGAGGCAGCGGCCAGAGCCUACGACGAAGCAGCUCGCCUGAUGUGCGGUCCAAAUGCAAAGGCCAACUUCCCGGUUGAUCCUGACCGUCCAACUCCCCCGCCUCAGUCCCUAUCACCGACCCUCAUGGCGAAGCUUGAGAAGUGUUGUGUCGCUUCAAGGGAGGAAACGAAGAGAGCAAAGGUGACGGCGGUGAAGGAAGAGGAGUAUCAUAUGCAGGGUGAUGAUGAAGAGUGCAUUGAGGAGAUGAUCGAAGAGCUUAUAUACUAUGGCUCUAUAGAGAUUAAUUCGACUUCUUCGUCUGGUUCUUCUUCGUCCUCGGGUUCUUCUUCUAUGGGAUGGUACGGAAAUGAGUGAGGGUGGAGGUGUAGUAGUGUAUAUAGGAGAUGUUUGUUAGCAAUCCGACCGUCUGUGAUGUCGAGUUUACGGUCACGGACGUGGUCAGAGGUGAUCAUAUCAGCAUUUGAAACACC